UUGCUCAGUUCACGGGUCCCUCCCGUCUUCCUCGUAGUUCACUUCUCUUUUACUUCUACUACUAGCUCCACCUCCAUGUCGUCGCUCGGACAAGGAUAGUGCAGUGACGCAGUAGUAGUGGGGCUCAGCUCAGAGUGAAAGCGAAGCAAGAAGCGUUUUCGUCUGUGUUUGUUUGUUGAUGAGAGCAAUGGCCGGCGGCGGCACCAACUGCUUAGGCUUCUCCCUCUCCCCACACAUUGACAUGGCCAUGGAGGUGCCCUCCUCCUCUGGACCCGACCACGCUCAGCCUGCUAGCGCUAGUGCUAUGUCCACCAACGCCGCGACCUGCAACUUCCUCUUCUCCCCUCCCGCGCAAAUGGCCGCUCCACCUCCUGGCUACUACUACAUCGGCGGCGCCUAUGGGGAUGGCACCAGCACCGCCGGCGUCUACUACUCCCACCACCCCGUCAUGCCCGUCACGUCCGAUGGAUCCCUGUGCAUCAUGGAAGGCAUGAUGCCGUCGUCCUCGCCGAAGCUCGAGGACUUCUUGGGCGGCGGCAAUGACGGUGGACACGACACAGUCACCUACUACAGCCACCACCACCAGCAGCAGGGCCAGCAAGACCAGGAGGGAAGCAGAGUCUACCAGCACCAUCAGCACUAUCAGCAGCAGCAGCAGGAGCUAGCGCCCUACAACUUCCAGCACUUGACGGAAGCAGAGGCGAUCUACCAAGAGGCCACGGCGCCGAUGGACGAUGCAAUGGCCGCUGCCAAGAACCUGCUGGUGACAAGCUACGGGUCAUGCUACAGCAACGCGGGGAUGCAGCCGCUGAGCCUGUCCAUGAGCCCCAGUUCCCAGUCCAGCAGCUGCGUCAGCGCAGCUCCUCAGCAGCAUCAGAUGGCUGCGGUUGCUUCUGCUGCUGCCUCUAUGGCAGCUUCCCAGGGAGGCAGUAAUGGUGGCGGGGAGCAGUGUGUGGGGAAGAAGAGGGGCACUGGGAAGGGAGGCCAGAAGCAGCCCGUUCACCGCAAGUCCAUUGACACGUUUGGGCAGAGGACCUCCCAGUAUAGGGGCGUCACCAGCAGGCACAGGUGGACUGGGAGAUAUGAAGCCCACCUCUGGGACAACAGUUGCAAGAAGGAUGGGCAGACGAGGAAAGGGAGGCAAGUUUAUCUAGGUGGUUAUGACAAUGAAGACAAGGCUGCCAGGGCUUAUGAUCUGGCUGCUCUGAAAUAUUGGGGGCCGUCGACGAACACCAAUUUCCCGCUAGAAACUUAUCGAGAGGAGGUCGAGGAGAUGAAAAGCAUGACAAGGCAGGAAUUCAUUGCACACUUGAGAAGGAGAAGCAGCGGGUUUUCUCGUGGUGCUUCGAUAUAUCGAGGAGUGACGAGGCAUCAUCAGCAUGGAAAAUGGCAAGCUAGGAUUGGCAGGGUUGCUGGGAACAAAGACUUGUAUCUCGGCACUUUCACCACUCAGGAAGAAGCAGCUGAGGCCUAUGACGUAGCCGCGAUCAAGUUCCGUGGCCUGAACGCCGUAACCAACUUCGACAUAACGAGGUACGACGUGGACAAGAUCAUGGAGAGCAGCUCUCUGCUGCCCGGGGAGGAAGCGCGCAAGGUCAAGCCGAUCGAGGCGGCCAACCACGUGCCUGCCAAUGCCAUGCACAACGGCGGCGCGGAGCUCAGCCAUGCCGAAGAAGGAAGCUCCGGCGUCUGGAAGAUGGUGCUCCACGGGACACCACAACAAGCAGCGCCGUGCACCACCGAGGUGGCCGACAUUCAGAAGGGGUUCAUGGACGGCGACUCUCGCUCGUCCCUGCAUGGCGUCGCCGGGCUCGACGCCGAGUCUGCGGCACAUGAGAUCGACGCUUCAGGCAAGAUCAACUACUCCAACUCGUCUUCCCUGGUGACCAGCCUCAGCAACUCGAGGGAGGGGAGCCCGGAGAGGUUCAGCCUGCCCUCGCUGUACGCCAAGCAUCCCAACGCCGUUAGCCUCGCUACCAUGAGCCCGUGGAUGGCGAUGCCGGCGCCGACCGCCACCCACGCGUUGAGGGGGCCGAAUUCCUCCAUCCCAACCAUGCCUGUGUUUGCUGCCUGGACGGACGCAUAGCCGCGCUGCUGGCUGCUCAAAUCUUGCUGUCGCUGGCCUUGUUGUCGUAAACUGUGGAGCUGGGUUAGUACCGUCGGUUGCUCAUGUCACUUGAGUUAAACUGGGAAGGCAAGGAUGGUUAAUUGGUUAUCACGAAGGUGGUGUAUUGGUAGUGGUACGUAGGAGAAGCAGGCAUUAGUCUCUAGCUCACCCACUUGUAGUUGUAGCAGUACCUAGCUAGUUAUCUUACUUACUUUCCUUUGAGAGCCUCAUUUUAUGUAAUCUCCUGGGAAUGUAUCAUCAUGCAUGCAUGCAUGUAUGGCUUUAAACAAUACUAUUCCCUCCGUUCCUAAA